UCUCCAGUCUCCAACCCCGCUGCACAGUGCACACGCACCGCCGCUCCUCCAGCUCUGUGCUGCCCGCUGCGAAGAUGGUUGGCGGCGCGUGCGCUCGCAGGCUGGCCCGCCGGUCUCGGUCUGCCCUCAUCGUAGCCCUCACGGUGCUGCUGGUGCAGACGCUGAUCGUGUGGAACUUCAGCAGCCUCGACUCCGGUGAAGACAGCCGGGGAGACGGAGGCUCCAACGCGCGGGAGAAGAGGGACCGGGUAGCGGGCGACAAAGCCGCUGGCAGCGACUAUUUCCAGCAUGGGGCGCAGCGGCAGCGGCGGCAGCAUCUUCCGCCGCCUGAAAGAGGGACCUCUCGUCACAUCCAGCAGCCGGACGGCUACUACUCCCAUCGACCGAAGGAGAAAAGCAGAGUGGACAGCAACAAUGAGAACUCCGUACCAAAAGACUUUGAUAACAUAGACAACAGUAACUUUGGUGCACGCUCGCAGCCGCAUCGGCAAACCGUCGGGGCCACCGGCAGGAGGCAGCAGCGAGAGCAUCUGCAGGAGAAAGGUCCAGGCCAGCAGCACGUCUGGCGUGACAACUCCCCCGGCCUGGCUCGCAGCUCCAAUGAAGUGCUGCCUUUAAGCCACCAGCCGCUGGCGGUCACCAACAACCUGCGCCCCGGUGGUCAAGGUGUGGCUGCAGGAGGGCCGCGGCAUCGUGCCUCGCACCAGGCCCAGCACCGGCAUCAGCACCCUCACAAAAGGCAGGCGACUGCAGCGACCCUGGAGGUGACCUACGACCAACCACCCAAGUGUGAAAUCAGUGGGAAGGAAGCCAUCUCAGCUCUGUCCAGGGCCAAAAGCAAGGACUGCCGGCAGCAGAUUGCUGAAGUCUACUGCAGACACAAGGAGGGCCAGUUAAUGCCAGAGAAGGUCACACGCUACUGCCCCUUAGAAGGGAAAGCCAAUGCAAAUAUCCAGUGGGAUGAAGACUCUGCGGAAAGCUUCCCAUCAAAUCCAGUACGAAUAGCAUUUGUCCUGGUGGUGCACGGUCGCGCUUCUCGUCAGUUUCAGCGGCUCCUCAAAACCAUCUACCACACGUCCCACUACUACUACAUACACGUGGAUCAGCGCUCCAACUACCUCCAUCGGCAGGUAAAGGCCUUAGCGGCUCAAUACCCCAACGUGAGGGUGACGCCAUGGCGCAUGGCCACCAUCUGGGGGGGUGCCAGUCUCCUGACCAUGUAUCUUCGAAGUAUGGCUGACCUAUUGUCCAUGAGGGACUGGAGCUGGGAUUUCUUCAUCAACCUCAGUGCUGCCGACUACCCCAUCAGGACAAACAACCAGCUGGUGGCCUUCUUGUCCAAAUACAGAGACAUGAACUUCAUCAAGUCGCAUGGCAGGGACAAUGCCAGAUUUAUCCGUAAACAAGGCCUGGAUCGUCUCUUCUAUGAAUGCGACACCCACAUGUGGAGGCUGGGUGACCGUAAAAUCCCAGAGGGCAUCUCUGUGGAUGGAGGAUCCGACUGGUUCCUUCUGAACCGCAUGUUUGUGGAAUAUGUCAUCAACUCCAAGGACGAUCUGGUCACCAACAUGAAGCGCUUCUACGCCUACACUCUGCUGCCCGCCGAGUCAUUCUUCCACACUGUGCUGGAGAACAGUGCCUACUGUGAGAGCAUGGUGGAUAACAACCUGCGCAUCACCAACUGGAAUCGUAAAUUGGGUUGUAAAUGCCAGUACAAGCACAUCGUUGACUGGUGCGGAUGUUCCCCCAAUGACUUCAAGCCUGUAGACUUUCACCGCUUCCAGCAAACGGUGCGUCCCACCUUCUUUGCCAGGAAGUUUGAAGCCAGUGUGAACCAGGAGAUAGUGAACCAUCUGGACGCCUACCUGUUUGGACCGUUUCCACCGGGGACGCCAGGCCUAAACUCGUACUGGGAAAAUGUGUACGACGAGCCAGAUGGUGUGGCCAGCCUGUCGGACACACAACUCACCUACUACCAUUCCUUCUCAAGAUUGGGUUUGGCCCGCGCUGCCGCAUCGCUGCAAGGCACCCCACGGGAUCAUAGCUGCAGGUAUUUCCCCAUGGGCCACCCAGUGUCCGUAAAUUACUACUUCCAAUCUGACCAGUUCCAGGGCUACCUUGUCAGACACCAUGCCACCAACCUAGCAACAAGCAAGCUCGAGACAAUGGAGACUUGGGUGGCACCGAAGAAGAUCUUCAAGUUAACCACUCCUCCAAAAAGCACAUUCAGCAGGUUACAGUUUGCAGAGAUCGGUACAGAGUGGGAUGCCAAAGAACGAAUUUUCCGUAACUUUGGCGGCCUGAUGGGCCCCAUGGAUGAGACAGUGGGGAUGCAGAAGUGGGCUAAAGGGCCUAACGUUACCGUAACGGUGGUGUGGAUCGACCCAACAAACGUCAUUGCGGCCACCUAUGACAUUCUUAUCGACGCGACCGCUGAGUUCACCCACUACCGACCACCACUCAACCAGCCUCUGCGUCCUGGUGUUUGGAGUGUCCGCAUCCUGCACCACUGGAGCCCAGUGGCUGAGAUGCGCUUCCUUAUAGCCCCUUUGGCCUACAAUAAGCACCAGCCUAUACGGCAAGAGGACACUCUAAAGCUUCACAAUGGGCCAUCCAAGAACAGCUACAUGGAGCAGAGUUUUCACGGCCUCAACCCAGUGCUCAACAUCCCCAUCAGCCUGGGCUACGUGGAACAGGCCAAGAGGAACGCUGCCCUGACUGGCCCGGAACUGGAACACUGGGUCGACAGCCUUGUGGGCGAGCUGUGGGAGGCAGCAGACAUCUGUGCCGUGGGCCCGACUGCCUGCCCGGUCAUGCAAGCCUGCUCCAAGAACCCUUGGAGCUCCUUAAGCCCCGACCCCAAAUCCCAAAUGAGAUCGCCGCGUGCUGAUGGUCGCAUCAGGUAGCAGCGAGGCCUCCAGCUGGACAGGAGGCUGCAAGAUUCACUUUAGAUUUUUUUUUAACUUAUUUACGAGCUUGAUUGCAGUUGCUGGAGGAGGAAAAUGUUUUCCUUCUGUCUCGGGAGACGAAGGGAACAUAAGAAGGUGAUUAAUGUUAGUGUCACCCACCCUGCUUUUAUGGAACUAUGGUGUCCGAUGCUAUUUCCAUUUCACAGUGUAUUUAUUUGCGACUUUUACUGUGAUCAAAUCUUGCAAUUUCCAGCAUUUAUUUUGCUGCUCAAUGAAUUCUGAAUUUCAAUUUUCCAGCGUGGGGCACAUCAGCUAAUGUGGCAUUGUGCUCCACAAAAGGCCUUAGCUGCGCGACUCGUAAGCAGGACGCCUGGUACCAGAUUAAUUUAUGUGCCUCCCACGGUUUAUGUCAGCAUAAACAACACCUGAAGUAGCGAAAGGUUUAUUUUGAUACGACCCCAAGAAGAACCAAUAUUCACUGCCUGUAAGGGAGUUAGAAACAUGUUAAAGAAGCCAAUUACUGUCAAAAAUAAUCAGUCGAGUAAAUCCAUUAUUCGACUUGUUUCAGUUGAGUGUCAGAUCGCGGACUGUGGUUGCCGGCCAGGCCAUUUGCUGCAAUCACAAACAUGGAGAAAAAUGCAAAAGCAAAGCCAUUCUCAACUCAAGCUAAAGCAGAGCUCCCCAAACUACGGCCAGCGGGCCGAAUGUGGCCCACCUCUGCAUUUUGUCCGGCCCACUGAACAUUACCAGAGAUACUUUUUAUUGUUGUUGUUUUUCAAGUCUGGCCACGUGAUCGAGACUUGUAGAUGCAUAUAACGUAACAUUCGAUUACACCCUUCUGCGGUCUGUGCCCUAUCCAAAACCCUUCCCUCAAAAAUAAAUAAAUACAAUCUGUGAUGCACCCCUGUCAAAUAAAAAUAAAAAUAAAAAAUGGACUAAUGGCGAAAAGAUUACGUAGGUAAGAGGAAAAAAAUGAUUGGUUAUUAUUUAUUUUAUAAAUCGUGCCUGUCAAGAGCCCCCAAAAAAGGUUAAUAUGUGCUUAUGUGCGGAUUUUUGGAAAACAAUCAGUGUUGAUGUCUAGACACCCCUUCGAUAGUCGCACUUUUUGGUACAAACCGAACCCGGCUCCUGUCAGAGAAGGGAAAAGUUAUUUGGCCCUCACAGGAAAAGGUUUGGGGAUCCCUGAUUCAAAGUGUUAGAACAAAAAUUUAACAAAGACAAUUCUGGGUCAGCAUUUGUUAAAUAUGUGGUAGCAUUUUUCUUUAAAAAACAGCAGAUGUUUUCAGUAACAGGACACAUCAUUUAUGUCCAGCUCGCUUUUCUUACCAGCCUGCCUCAAACUUGAAACAUAAUGAUUCAAAGCUGACCUUAAAUUUCGUCAUCUUUUUGUGUGUUUUGUCCAGAUCGUUUUAGUGACAGUUUAUGGUGUACAGAAUUCUACAAAAAAGUCUCAAAAUUGUGUGAAUGAUGGUCCAUGAGUCCAUAUUUAAGUUUAUAUUAAUACUGAUAUUUUUAGUCAAUGACUAAAUAAUUGCAACGCUGCCUUGGCAGCAUGAAUAAUUGUUUGUUUGUUUGUUUGUUUGUUUUGAUUGGUUUGUAAAAAAACAAAACAAAAAAAGCUGCCUUUAUUUACAAAGGCCACGAACCCAAACGUAUACUGUACCUUUUUAUGGCUGAGAGGUUAAAGGUCAGCUCCCGAGCGACCUUAUCAAAACAGAGAUGGCGACCACAAACAUUUGGACGAUUCAUUGUGAGAAGCUAUUCCGCGUCUACUGCUUGCUGUGAGUUUUCGAAUGCCUGUGAGUGGUUGUGGUCUUCAUGCUGUGACAAUUAUGUACAGUUUCAAUGAUGUACAGUGUUAUGCCAUGUCCUCGUUGCAAAAAUACAAAUUUAAAGCUGAAGCUUUCAAACUGCAUCGACAUGAAAAUUAUUUUUAGCUGUCAUCAAAACUAUCGCCGAUAAGUUAAUCACCAAGAGAAGUUCCAUCUUAACACAUCGGGCUUCUGUUCUCUUAUUAUGAAUCGAAAUUACCCAGAGCCAAUUCAAUUUCAAUCUGUCUGUCGACAAUGACCAGACAGGCAAGCGUUUUUUUUUCUUUUCUUUUUUUCCUCUCUCAAAGUUUCAUUUAUAGUACUGUUCAUUAAUGUCAAGGUCACCUUACACUUAGCAUAAAAUCACACAUCCCUCCCUCACACGGCAACACCGGAGGGGUUGAUUUAUGCCGAACAAUUGGUUGGCUCCUACUUCCACUGUCACAACCGCCACUUAUUGCAUUGCGUUGGGAAAUUUAAUGGCAGUUUUUGUGAAAGGAGAAUUACAAUCGGUGUAACUCACUGUAAGAGCCCUAUUUUGUAACACAAAUGAUCAACAAUGAAGCAAAUGUAGAUAUGUAUUUUGUACUAAACUAUUGCGUGAAAAAAUGCUGUAUGUGUAAAUACAUAUGUGGUUCAAUGACACUGAUCAAUAAGGAGUUUUUGACAUUGAGCAAAGAGAGUGAUUUGUUGAUGUUGGUGUUUAUUGAUCAAAGUAAAUAACCUGCUCCAGUGUUGGGGCCUGUUUGCUUCUCAGAGAACAUCUAAUGCCGGAUUGUUGUUUUUCUUGCUUGAAUGUAUUGUCGAGCAACAGUUGCACACAUUUCUCUGAACUCAUUUCAUCAUUUUGUGUCAUUUCUGUUGUUUUGUUUGUUUGUUUCUGGGGAGGCUCUGUGUGCCUUAGCUGACCUUUAGAACCUUCUCUGCCCCAUUGAGAGAAUUUAUUUUUUAACCUGAUGUGAUGGUGAAUAUCAAGACAGGUAUUGCAACACCAAAAAAAUAUGUCUGUUGUAUAUAUCAUCAGGCCUUCUGUCCUUAUCUGCUUUUAUUUGUCUUCCCUCUGGGAUAGUUGUUUUGUUGAUCGUGAUGGGCUUGUUUUACUUCUCUUGACUGCCUCUUUUUUUUCUUUUUUUUUGGAAUAAAAUCCAAUGGAGAAAUUGC